UUCGACCAGUUGCUCGACAAAUUCAGCUUGAUUAAAGUCCUACGUAUUGGAGCCUGGAUACAGCGCUUCCUUGAUAACUGCAGAACGAAGCCCAAGGAGAGAAAGAGCCAUCCGAUCGAUGCGCUAGAAAUUGAACGAGUGAAAUUGUGGUGGAUAAAGCGUGCUCAGCUCCAAGCACAACAAGACGUACGAUUUGAAGCUGAUCAACUACACUUAAACUUUCAACCCAAUAACCGAGGGAUCUUAGAGUGUCGCGGUCGAAUAGUCGGGGAAUAUCCAAUUUACCUACCUGACCAUCAUCCAUUCACCACGUCUUUAGUCCACCACGCACACAUUUCAACCCUCCACGGCGGCGUUGGAAUGACAAUGGCGAAAGUACGAGAACAUCAUUGGGUUCCGCGAUUGCGCCACCUUUAAACCUUUAAAACUAGUGAUUUGUUGUGAAAACUUUCUUCAAACAAGAAUUUCCAAUACCAUUACCAUGAAAAAAGCGCUACAGAACUGUACCAAACACUUGCUAACAUCACACAACUUCCAAAAGAAGACCAUCAAACUUUUCUAAUCAGAGCACUAACUGUUCGACAGAAAAUUUUAUUUGCAUCAAACGAGUCGGGCAGUAACAUCACCUAUGACGAAAGUUCUGUUCAAGGACUUUUCCUCCACGCCUUAGAAACCGGUUUAGUUGACGAGACUAUCCGUGCUAAGAUGAUACCUACACUCAAGAACCCAAGUGUUGCAGAUGAAGAUCUCAUAGAGGCAAUGAGUAUGCCAAUGUCGGCCGAAACAGAGCGCCUCAAUAAAUUUGGUGCAUCGGGCAGAGCAAAACAAGAAAGUGUAUCUUCUCUGGAAAUGGAAAAAAAGUAA